AUGGCGCCCAUCGCCUUGUCACCACCUCGUGAAGCAUCGCCUCCUCCUCCAUCAACAGAAGCAGAGAUGUCUUCCUACCAAGGCUAUGACCACGUGCACUGGUACGUGGGCAAUGCCAAACAAGCAGCCGCCUACUACAUUGCACGCAUGGGCUUCGAGAAGAUCGCAUACAGAGGCUUGGAGACCGGGUCUAGAGGACUCGCCUCCUACGUCGUGCGCAACGGAGGCGUCACCUUCGUCUUGACUUCNCCUCUGCGUGGCCUGAGUAUGUUGCACGAUGUCCCCGAGGACGAGAGAGAAUUGGUCAGAGAAGUGCACAAGCAUCUUGAGACCCAUGGCGAUGCCGUCAAAGACGUGGCUUUCGAAGUCGACUGCGUGGAAUCAAUCUACAAUGCCGCAGUUUCGGCAGGCGCAACUUCCAUCAAAGCCCCCAACACCCUUCACGACGGCAAGCUCGGCUACGUCAAGACCGCCACCAUCCAAACCUACGGACAAACCACGCACACCCUAAUCGAGCGCCAAAACUACCGCGGCGUCUUCUUCCCUGGCUUCCGCCUCGAGCCCACGGCAAAGGANCCCCUGAACCUGCUUCUCCCACCUGUGACCCUCGAAGCCAUCGACCACUGCGUCGGCAACCAAGACUGGAACGAAAUGGAUGACGUCUGCGCCUACUACGAAAAAGCCCUCGGUUUCCACCGUUUCUGGUCUGUUGAUGACAAGGAAAUGUGCACCGAGUUUUCGGCGCUCAAGUCGGUGGUCAUGGCUUCUCCCAAUGAAGUUAUCAAGAUGCCCAUCAAUGAGCCUGCACAAGGAAAGAAGCAGUCUCAGAUUGAGGAGUAUGUUGACUUUUACGGUGGCGCUGGUGUCCAGCACGUGGCUUUCAAAACUACUGAUAUCCAUGUGCUGGACCGCCCUACUGUCUUUAUCGAAAUCAUCCAGCGUAACAACUUCGACGGCUUUGGUGCUGGUAACUUCAAGUCGCUCUUCGAGGCCAUCGAGAGAGAGCAGGAGGCCAGAGGCAAUUUGGUCUGA